AUGCAUAAAACCUAUCAAUUUGACUCAAAUCAAAAACCAAAAAUUAAAGACUUAUGUUUGGAAGAUAAAAAGAAAAUUGGAAAAUUAAUUAAAAGAUUGGCACAAGAAAGGGAAGAAAAAGAAAUACUGUUAAAAAAAUUAGCAGAGAUGCAAUAAUCUGAAUAAAAAUAAUAAAGAUUAUAAACUGAAAUUGAAAAACUUGAUGAAGAAAUUUCACAAUUAUAAGAUUAAGAGAUGCUAUCAUAAUAUUAAACUCCUUAAUUAUAAACUUAAAGCAAAUAAAAGCUAUUAUAUAAAUUUGAAAAUGAUGAUGAAAAUAUUCAUUAAAGUCCAAACUUUAAAGUUCUUAAUCAAAUUAAUUAAGAUUAAAGUUCCUCCUUUAUCAUACCUAUUACAUAAAGAGAUUCUCCAAUUAAAAUUGAUCAAUAAAUAUAAACUUCUAUUGUUCAAUAACCUAUUUUACAAUAAUCAAUUGUAUAAUAAAAAAAGUCAUCUAAAAAGAAGAAAGAAAUACUAAUGAAAAAGAUACAAGAAUUUGAAAAAAUAGUAAACAGAUUGAAUUUUUCAAAUGAAUAAGUAUUAAAUUUAAUUUAUAUAGAGUAUUGAAUUAACUACCAAUAGAAAAUCUGAAGAUUAGAAUUCUCAAUUAAAUAAUACUAGUUAUCUUCAAAAUGUGUUUUAGAAAUUAUUAAAUAUUGAAUAAUAAUCACUCCCAACUUAAUAAACUGUUAGAUCUGAAUAAUAGAGUGAAAUACAAUAAACAUAAUUAUAGUAAUAACCAAAAUAAUAUAAUGAAGAUGAUCUCAUCAUUUAAUUAUUAAAUUCAGAUACAUCAUCUUAUAAACCUUAAAAUUAAAAUGUUGUAAAUGCUUCCUCAAAUGUUUCUAUUUAAUAAAAAAAGUAAUAACAUAGUAGGAACAAUUCAACUAUUAUAUAAAAUGAGAAUAAAUAGAAUAAAUAAAAAAUAACAUUUGAUCAAAUUCCAUCUCCUAUUGUAUAAGAUGCAUAUUGCAAGAAUGUUGUAUAAAAAUAUAACUCUUUAUUGCAAGAAUUAAACAGAUAGUAAUGA